CUCCCUUCUCUCACCCCCAACUCCUUCCCCCACCCCUUAUUUUUGCUUUAUGGAUGACUUUAAAAUUUUAUUCUAAAGGAUCUGCUGUUCUAUGGAAUUAGAAUUCAUGAGAGCAUAGUGACAUCCAUUUAAAUAAGAACACUGUGUUAUUGUCCAUGUGCAAUUUUUAGAUAGUUCCCCUUGGAAGUUUAGAGGAAGGACAGGCAGUGGAUUCUGUGGUCGCCUUGGAGCAUCUGGGGCCUUUGGUGUUUUAAGCCAGUGUGGGACAUUGGCUCCAUUAAUGCUUAUCAUAUUUUCAAAAUUUUAAUUUAACUUCCAUAGACAUAGCUGCUAGCCUUGUAACUUUAGAGUGAUUUUAAUUUUUGAAAAACCCUGAGGGAGAGGUUUUUCAGAAGAAAGAAAAAUAGAAGAAAGAAAAAUUCAAGGAUGGUAUUCCUUUAGAAAUGAGUUGCACAAUUGAAAAGGCACUUGCUGAUGCCAAAGCUCUUGUGGAAAGAUUGAAAGACCAUGACGAGGCAGCAGAGUCCCUGAUCGAGCAAACCACAGCUCUGAACAAACGGGUAGAAGCCAUGAAGCAGUAUCAGGAAGAAAUUCAAGAACUUAAUGAAGUUGCAAGACAUCGACCACGAUCCACAUUAGUUAUGGGAAUCCAGCAAGAAAACAGACAAAUCAGAGAAUUACAGCAGGAGAACAAAGAAUUACGUACAUCUCUAGAAGAACACCAAUCUGCCUUGGAAAUUAUAAUGAGCAAAUAUCGAGAGCAAAUGUUUAGAUUGCUAAUGGCUAGCAAAAAAGAUGAUCCGGGUAUAAUAUUGAAGUUAAAAGAGCAGCACUCAAAGGAACUGCAAGCUCACGUCGACCAGAUAACAGAAAUGGCAGCAGUGAUGAGGAAAGCCAUUGAAAUUGAUGAACAACAGGGCUGCAAGGAACAGGAGCGCAUAUUUCAACUUGAGCAAGAAAACAAAGGCUUGAGAGAGAUCCUUCAAAUAACUCGAGAAUCAUUUUUGAAUCUGAAAAAAGAUGACGUGUCAGAAAGUACUUCUUUGUCAGCAUUAGUGACCAGCAGUGAUCUGAGUCUGAGGAAGAACUGAAGAGCUUCCUGGAAGACUCCAGACUUCACUGGGACUGGCCGACCAAUUGAAUGAAUGAGCAGAAAACUCCGUCUCAUGCUACCCUUUUUAGUUUUUUGUAUUAUGUAGUGUACUGGCAAUCACAUUUUUAAGAGAUAGCAACAAAAAACUGCAUAGUUAAUGGUCACAGGCUUUAUUCCUAAACAUACUGAAAAGUUAAAACUAAGCCUUACUUCGUUAACUGGCGAACAAUUUGAGGUUUUUGCAGUGGGUGGUUGCUGAACCUAUCAAGCACUUUUAGCAGUAUUGUUGGCUUCCUGGAUAAUACUUGGAUAAAUGACUAUUCCUAGUAAACAUUUGAGAAUUCAUAAGAUUAUUCCUGUUAAAGAAUACAAGUUUAGCUACAAUUUUGUAGAUGGAGGGUGCUCACUAAAUUUUACCCUCCCUGUCUGGUGUCAAGGUUAACAAAUAGCAUGAUAUACAUGAGGCUUCAAGCUUUAAUGAUUGCCUGUCUACUUUCCCGUUAAAUUUUUGUCAAAGAAAAUUCAGUUUUAAAGACUGCAGGGAUGUUUUGUAUGUACCAUAAACAAAAGAAGUAAUUUGAGCUAACUUGCCAUAAAUAUCUCAGUUAACAAUUGUCCAUAACUUGUUUAAAUAUAUGAAAUAUGAUUUCAGGAAUGAAAGAGAAGGAAUACUACUUUCUAAGAAAGAUCUUUUAACAGACAUGUAGUAGGUUAAACUACUCCUUUGAAAGAAAAGGUUUCAGUUCUAAUAAUGAAAAUGAGGUUUUAUAUCUUUGGUUGAUCUGUCAGGACAGUAUGUAGCUAAGCUAACAGAGUUGAAAUGUUUGAAAUAGAAAGUUAGGUGUGGUAAUUUUGAAGUAAAUUGGUAAUUCCUCUGGCUUAUAGGCCCCCUUUUUAAAAAAAGUAGUUACUCUUAGGAGAUACAGGAAAGGUAAAUUAAAAUUUCAAAAAAAAUUUUCUUGAUCUAUUCUUACACUCCAGCCGAUCCUCAUAACCUGUAGGAUUUUUCUCGGCCUUUAAGUCAAUAGGGCAAAAAAAUAUGAAUUUAGAAGUAUUUGUGUUUUUUGUAAAAUAUCACAUCUUGUAUGUCAAUUUUUUAAAGUCACCAUAACAGAAAUAUGCUUUUAACAUCAAUUGAAACCUAAAAUUUUUCUUAUUUUCUGGUGAGUAUAGAAGUAUAAAAGGAAUAUCAAAUACAAUAAAAUUUAUUCACUUAUAUUAAAUACAUAGAAAAAUCAGCACAAUAGAAAUCUUUACUUUUGAGUAUGUAAUUUGUUAAAUAACUUACUUCAUAUGGUAACUUUUAUGUAUAAUUUCAUAUAUUGGUAAAAUUCAAAACUACUUUUCACUUAAGGAAUUUUUCUAAGGUUUGGGGUAAGUGGGGUUGAUGGGGCUGACUGAAUAGAAAGGGCUAAAGGCCCAAACAUUACAUUUCUUUUCUCAUUCAGAGGCCUUAAUUGAUAUUUUAUAAGUAAAUGACAGUUCUUGCUUUUCUAUUGGUGUUAGGAGAUAUAUCCCUUAGUUUGAUGGCAUAUUCAUUCAUAUAGUUUCUAUCCCAAGUCAGAAUUAAAAAACAUAAGCCACACCAAUUGAGAUUUAAGUGUGAGGCAAGUCAUUUAGGCAGCUUUAUUAUAAAAAUAUUACUUGAUAAAUAAUUAUUUUUGUAACCAGUUAAUUUAUUGUUGGUCUUCUUGCUUCGAUAUGAUUUUAAGGUCUUGGUAUUUAAAGACACUGUUGUGUAAGUUUUCCAUCCCAUACUUUUUUUUUUUUUUAAGCAGAACCUUCCUUAAAUUUGUGUCAGAUAAUAUGAACUGCAAAGGAGCCUAUUUUAUCAAUAAAGAUGAGUGGUUAAAAUUGGUAUGGUUUCCAGGUUGAAAACAAUACUUAUGUUUUUUCCUUACAUUAAUUUUUAGGGUUUUCUAUCUUACAAAACAGUUAGUGGUAAGUGGUAACAAGUAUUUAGUGCAACUAGCACUUGGAUCAGCUACUGUCUGUUUCUCUCAGGAGUUAACCAGCAACUUAUUGCUGGUCAUGAAACUCUUUUUAUCAUCUGUAAUGGAUUGAACAGUUUACUACCAAAAGUAUGUACAGAUCCUAAUCUACUGUACCUCUUAAUGUGGCCAUGUUUGGAACAAGGGUUGUUGCAGAUGAAAUGUCAGGAGUGUCUUAGGGAAGGCUCUAAGUCCAAUGUCUAGUGCUUUUAUAAAGGAGAUUUGAAACACACACAGGAAAGCCAGUGAAGGCAAAAUUCAGAGUUUUACAAACCAUGGAACCCUAAGGAUUAUGAGGUGCCACCAGAAUCUGUAGAUUCUUCUUCAGAACUUCCAGAUGGGACCGAUCCUGCUGGAUUUCAGACUUCAGGCCUCCACAUCUCUGAGGAUGUUUUUGUUGUUUGAAGCCCAUACUUCUACAUAUUCUGGAUAAAUACCUCAGAGAAGUUUUCCUGGGUCAUAUGGUAUUUGCAUUUUAGAUUUUUAAGAGUAUCCAUACCAUUGCCAUAGAGGCUGCAUCAAUUUACAUUCCAUCAACAGUGAGUACUUGCUUCUAGGUUCUCUUUACAAUAGAACAUUUUCACAGGUGUAAAUUGAUAACUCAUUGUAGGUUUGAUUUGCAUUUUCUCAAUAAUUAGUGAAUUGGAGCAUUUUUUCAUGUGCUUAUUAGUGAUCUGUGAGACGUAUGAUGAGCAACUAUCUUCUAAUAAGUAGUUUUUGUUUCAUUUUGUGGUGGUUUCUUUUACUACAGAAGCAUUUUAUUUUAACAUCAUCCCAUUUAUUGAUUGUUGCUUUAGUUGCCCUUGCUGUUGGAGUUAAUUCUCCAAAGACAUUUCUGUGGGCCACAGCAAACAGUUUAAUUAAAUUUAGUUAAUCUUAAAUCAUUGAUGACUACUCAAUAUAGUUCAUUACAUAUUGUGACUUGAAGAGUCUAGCAGCAGGAAGGAAAGACAUACCUAAGUACAUUAAAUUUAUAUAAUGAAAAGCUUGUUAACUUGCACACACAACUGUGAAAAUCUACAUACAAGGUACGACACAUUUACUUUCAACUAGUUCCUUUGUUUAUAUACAUUAGCCAAUUGGUUUCUUUUAUAGGAAACCAAAGUCUUUUGUAUAUGUCAUUGUAUAAAUGACAUAAUUUAUUCAGUCACUUCCCCUGUUGAUAUUCAAAUUUACAGUUUUUGUGCAUCCAAAUCAAUGCUGCAUUAAAUAUCCAUACAUAGUUUAUGCCCUAUACUUCAGAAUCACAUUGAUAGAAAGGCUACUUUUGGAUUUUGUGUAAAAUCACAAAGUUGAAAAUUGGUUGCAUCAGCACUUACUAAGAUCUUUUCCCUCAGGGACAAGCCCAGCCUUGUGCAUGCCCAGCCUGAGCACAUUACCUUUGUCUGUAUAUACAGUUGAAGGUGAGUAGGGGUAGCUCUUCGCUGCUUGAAAGUGCUGCAGAUUUGUCAGCUGUCAGUCCUUUCAGGUUAAAUCUGGUAGGGCAGUAAGUGAAAUUUCUUGUAUGUUGACUUACCUAGAAUAGGUUUAUUUAAAGACUUAUCUCUGGGUUUGUAAGGUAUUUAUUGCUAGUGUCAUGCAGACUAUAGACAUACAGAAUGCAAGAGGAUGAAGGAAAUCAGGAAAUAACUAUUUGGGGAGAAAAGCUGAAUAACUCUACUUGUAGGGUGGAAGAUUCUCCUGUUGAAAAACCUUCAGAUAAUAGCAAGCAAGAUGACUUGUUUUUCUGAAGAGAGGAAGCAAGCUGGUAGCCAUCAGGUUAAUCAGAACCAAAGCAUCUAAAGACCAAUAUAACUUAAUUUUCUGGUAAUAACAAUACUUUUCUUCAAUGUGACAGUUGAAGUCAUGACAACAAUACUAAUCCACUAGAAGCCACCACCUUUCCUUCCAAGAGUUGAUGUAAAUUUUAAUACAGUGCCCCAGUUUUCCUUCAUUUCCCAUUAUUUCACAUCCUUUUAAACUGAUUUUUUUAAUGAGCUGAAUUUUCCAGAUUAAGUCAUUGUUUUCAUAGCUAUGAAAAUUGAUAUCUCAUGUCUUACUGCAAUGGAGCAUAUGAGGUAAUAAAUUUGAGACUAGCGUUUUUUCAAAAUAGAUAAUUUAUUAAUUUUUACAACUAUCUUUUUACUACUUACAAAUCAUAUCCCCCCUCCCAAAAAACAACCCAUAUUUCCCCUGACAAACUUGACUGGCAGUGCAUUUUUAAUAGUUUAAAAAAUAACCCACAAACAUUUCAUCUGUUAGAAUAUACCAAACUAUGGCAGAAGUCAGAAUCCCUAUUAGUGAAUUGUUUUCUUAAAAAGCCAAUACUUUUUUCUUCAAGGUUAAGUGUUACUGAAGUUAUAUAAACAGAAUUACAAAAUAAAUAGUAAAUGAACACUUAUAUGUAAUUUUUAAAAAUAAAAAUGAUUGUUAUUUCCUCUGAUAG